GUUUGUCUUGGGAAGCAUAGACAACUGAGCGCGUACAAUCAGGAUGAAUCACCACCGGCGGUCUUUGGGUUCCGUGACCCGAGCCAGCUGCGGCGUCAUGAUAUGCAAUUACAUUGGUUGCUUCCGACAGCCGCAUGCGAUCGCCGUUCGAAGGCUAGGUACAUAAUACUCAUAUAGCUGGCCAGCCGGCCUGCAGAGUCUAUUCGCCCGCCUACUACUAGUACGCUUUGCCAUGUCUUCGCUGUUUCAGAAUUCGAACUACAUCGGAAUCAAUCUUACUGCGAUCCUGUAUGGCGUUGAACUCGUUGUAUAUGGCACCACAGUGCAUGCUUUGUGGACGAAACCCAAACGUGGUCGUGCGGACACAUUCUUCAUCUUAUUCAGCACUACGCUUCUCAUUCUCAUGACGAUACUAUAUUCGACCAACGCUGCGUUCGGGGAAGAGAUGUGGAUAGUCCAUGCCAAGUAUCCGGGAGGCAUGGAUGCAUACCUCGCUGCAUAUGUCAAUGUGUGGUACCAGACACUGUCUAGUACCUCGCCGACUGCAGCAAAUCUGCUGGGGGAUGCCUUGAUGAUCUACCGCUGCUACGUCCUCUACAACUCCAUCUAUAUAAUACUGUUCCCUUCGCUCCUUUGGCUUGGCUCAUUCGCAUCCGGUGUCCUCUUUUUGUAUGCCUCAGGAAACCCCCAUGGCGAUUUCUUCGAAGGGUUCGCUCAGAACUGCGGACUUGGCUAUUACACGACCACCAUAUUUCUCAAUUUCCUCACCACGACCAUGAUUAUUGGCCGUCUGCUAUGGGUCGCCAGGUACAUGCGCAAGAAUCUUGGACGCGCGACGUCGGAAACAUAUGUCAAUGUGAUUGCCAUUAUCGUCGAAUCUGCGCUCCCAUAUACUCUCAUAGGCAUCGCCAACCUCAUCACCUACGGAGUGCGGAGCGAUACGAAUGUUUUGUUUGCAGCGAUGUAUGGGAUGAUGACGGGUCUAGCACCUCAGCUCAUCAUCAUGCGCGUUAUCAAGGGAAGAGCAAUAUCACGGCGGGAUAUGACAGAGGUUUUGACUAAUUCAAUGACGUUCGCGCCGGGUAAUAACGGCAUUCACGAGGUGGCGAUCAGUACGCAAUACCCCAAUCAUAGCUCUACUGCCGCGGACACACAUACUACAGCGCUCAGUAUCCAGCUGCAGACUAUGUCUAAGCCGCCGUCGACCAUCGACUUGUUGUCAAAGGUGUAACAUCAUCGGGUCUCAUUAUGCCACUGUAUA